AAAUUUACAGGAAGAACAAAAGGGCAGGUUGUGGUUGUGGUUUGUUGUUUUGACUGCAACCCUCUAUGUCCUAGCUGUGUAACACCUAAUGAUCUAGUCUGUGUGCUCACACUCACACAAACGCACACAGGGAUUUCUUUUAUAUGGUCAGCUUGAUGUCAUGUUUCCCAAUAGGUGUGUAAUUGUUUGCUUCAUCUACGUCAUUCUCCAGAAGACAACGGAGCUCACCAGAAGCAUUCCCAUUGGUGUCUGACCGUGCUCAACGUGAGUCCGUGAAGGAUACGGGUGUUCCUUUCGACUGAGACGCUCAGCACAUGGUUCCGUUUCAGCAGACGGGGUUAACGGAGGAGAGACAGUCUACACGUACCACUCAGUACCAGACCUGACUCUCACCAGCCACUGAGGAAGUCCUCGUCAGACUGCAGACUUGACAGGAAGGAAGGACAAAAUGCACUUUGCGUUACCACAGGCUUCCCUCUGCGUCACGUCUCGUCUAACUUCUACAUUCGAGCUUCGGCUCCAGCGCAGACAGUCCGGCUUGUGUAGUUUUAAUUGAAUAUCUGAUUUUCUUGGGGUUGAAAAAGAGCUUAGCAGGCUUAGUAAGGCCCCCGCCCCCCCUCCUCCCCGCCUCAACCUUCAUAUCCUCUUUCCUUGGUAACAACCCCCCCUUCAAGUUACUACUUCUCUCUAGUCUUGUCGUGUGGCAGGAGUGGUAAGGAUGAGCGCAGGGGCAGAUGGGGCUCAGUGUGCCGACUGACAGCUGAGGGAGAAGGCGUGGGGCUCUGUCUGUCCCUCUCCAGUCAUGGGAUGCUGCAGUGUGACCCAGAGGCAUUCUGGGAUUGACGAGGUGGGCCCCGAUGAGAUCGAGCUGCUGGAACUGUCGGGAGAUCAUUCUGGGAUAUGGAGUUUAGGAGAGACCAGGCUGCAGCUCUCUGUCAGGAGUGACCAAGAUGAGCCACUUCCUCCCAGACCAUCAGUACGACACCUCGAACCAGAGGUGGUGCUGUGGGGCAGCUGCAGAGAUGAGCUGCAUCACAGGAUAUACUCCCAGCCAAUCAGGGACUGGGAAGGCCAGCCUGCUCACAUGUAUGGAGAGAUAGUCCACUCGUCCUUGGUGUCUUUGCUGAACAGCUACACACAGGAGAUGACUGAACAUUAUCUAGUGCUGUUCUCCUUCCACUUGUUGAUCCUGUCUCUGGAUCAUUCUCGACAUGACUUCAUCUACGGAGGCAUGUUACCUCUGUCUGGACUCUCCUCACAGGUCCUCUCCCUGGACCACAACACCUCAAACUCCUUCGUGUUCCAAAUCAGUGGUCCAAUGCUGGACUCUAAAGUCUUUCUGUGUACCAGCGCUGAAGAACUGAACAAGUGGAUGGACCACCUGGAGGAGAGGAGAUACAAGUCUGUGUCGCCACCUCUAAGCCCCUCCCACUGCGCCCUGUCCUACCUGUUACCCUGCGACGAAACCUGGAAGAAGGAGGAGCUGAAAAUGUAUCUGCUCCAAGCUCCGAUCUGGGAGUGGGAAGGUUCUCCUAUUCAACACAUGGGCCCACCAGGAUACCUGUCUCUUGUCCACAUCAUGGACACAGACAGACAGGGACUUCAAGAAAGACUCAUGGUACUCUUUCCUCAAGACGUUCUUCUGCUGUCAGUUGAUAACAAGCGUCUCAAUAUAACUUAUGAGGGUAGAUUACCUCGGAAAACCAUCAAAGCCGUAGAGAGGUCCCCGUUGCCUGGAAGACUGCAAUUUGAGUUGACAGGUGAUUUUAUGGAUCCCAUGCAGGUAUCCUGCACCUGUGCAGAAGACUACCAAAACUGGAUGUUCCAGUUACAACAGCCGGAAAGUAAUAUUCGAGGUACCUCAAACCACACUGCUCCACCUCUUAUACCACAGAAGAAGAGAAGCAGAGAGAGUCACAGGAACCCAUGAUCACAUGACUGAACCACACACAGGACGAUGUCAUGUCUGAACCAUACACACACCAGGACGGUGCUAUGACUGAGACCCCCCCCCCCACACACACACACACACACACACACACA